GGUGCCUACACAGAUGCCUGAGGGACCUGACGACAUGUUUUUAACACGUCCCGUUGUCCGGGCAUUUUCCUGAGUAAAAACCAGCUUGAAAUCCCCGUUAGGAGAUUUCCGGGAGGAGAGUAGCUCUGGGGCUCAGACAGGCGUUUGACUAAGCCACCACCUCUCCCUAGCAAAGGACCUGCACCGGCUUCUUGGACUGUCCUUGGGCCGGGGUUGCUCGCGCGCGGGCAGCAGGCGUUGGCGGCCGCCGGUUGGUCGCCCCGUGAGGGGGAGUUGGCGGGUGGUGUGCGAGUGGAGUGUCACCAGAAAGUGAGAGCUGGCAUUGCAAGGUAUAAUUAACCUUGAAAGUUUGCAUCUGCAAUCUUACCAUCAUAAGAAAAGAUGAGAAAAACUAGCUGGAUUAAAAAGAACUGGCUGCUUGUGGCAGGACUUUCAUUUCUGGGUGUCCAUCUUGGUACAUAUUUUAUACAAAGAGCUGCAAAGAACUCUGCUAAAUCAGCCUUGGAAAUUAAGCAAAAGGAUCUUGGAGAAUGAAGUAAUUUUCUGCAAUCAUCACAUAUUAAUUUAUCACUUAUAGUUGUAUAAUUUGUUAAAUAUUAAACUAUGAACAGCUACAUGGACAUAGUUGUUAUUCUGUAUGCAAGAUUUCUCUUUUAUAAUGUGCUUGGUUAUAAAGAGUAAAAAAAUACGUCUGUAGAUUAAAACAUCUAUAAUUUAUGCAUUCAAGGAAAAUGGAAUAAACUUGAAAUUUUGUUGGUCAGAAUGAAAAUCUUGUCUUGAAGAUGUCCCGCACUGAAGCUAAAAAGCCUUCAUUGUGUACUAAUGACCCUCUAACUAAAGAGAGAAUUAGUUUCUCUCUGUCUGUGUUAAGUGGAAUAGUAAAGUCUUGCUAUGGCCCUACUGGUAGACUCAAACAGCUCCACAAUGGUAUGGGAGGCUAUGUUCGCACAACUUCCCAAUCUUCUGCCUUGCUUGGUGGCCUUUCUAUCACCCAUCCAGUAUUAAAGGUUCUGACAGCCUCUGUACAGAAUCAUAUAUCACGCUUCAGCGACUGUGGCUUAUUUACAGCCAUUCUUUGCUGCAGCUUGGUUGAAAAUUUUCAAAGAAUAAACUUUGCGGCCUGUACUGUCACUAAAAUAAGUAGACAUCUUUUGAGCUUAUGUACUGACUAUCUCAAGUCUGAGGCCUGUGGUUGCCGAAUAUUGGUGGAUUUUGACAAUAUUAAGACUCUUCUUUCUUUGGUACGUAGCAUAUUAGCAAGCAAACCUGCCUGCAUGCUUAACGAAACAGAAGUCAAUCACCUCAGCACAUCGGUUUUAAAGGCUUUUUUGCUUACAAUUCCGCAUACCAUUGAAACUAAUGUUGUUUUAGGAAAGUGUGUAAUUGUUCCUGUGAAAGAUAAAAGAGUUAUGGAUUCUACUGUAUUUCCUGGACUACUAAUAGAAAUACCAGAAUUUCAAUUGGCAAGAACGUUUCCUGUCCAAAGAGUUUCUUCAAGCACUAUCAAGAUGGCACUCUUCUGUAUCUCUAUGUCAGGAGACCUUUCCAGUAUUGGAGAAGGAACUGUAAUUGUCCAUCAUGGAAUUUCUCUAGAAGUAGCAGUAUUGGAUCAGUUGCUUAAUUUAGGAAAGCAGUUGGUUAAUGACCAAGUAGGCCUUGUAGUGUGCCAGAAAGUUAUCCACCCAUCUUUGAAACAAUACCUGAAAGAGCACCAUGUCAUCACUAUAGACAGAGUUGGAAUAUCUAUGAUGGAGCCCCUGAGUAAAAUGACAGGUUCACAGCCCAUUGCUGCCCUACAUUCUGUAUCUCCUACUUGUUAUGGCAGUCUGAAGGACUUGCGCACUGAGAGUUUUGUUUCAAAACAUUUCUUGCAUCUAAUUCCUAAUGACACACUUGUCUGCAGCUUGAUACUCUGUAACAGAAGUGAAAUGGCAUGGGAUGAGCUGAAGCUUGCGUGUCAAACUGCAGAACAUGUCUUACAACUAACAAUCAAGCAACCAUUGGCACUGUUAGGAGGUGGCUGUACAGAAACUCAUUUGGCCUCAUACAUAAGACACAAGAGUUUUACCCUUCCUACUAAUGUUUUGAAAGCUAUAGAUUGUUCUCGGACACAAUACCAGUUGGUUGCUGAUGCCUUUUGCCGCUCGCUGGAGUGUGUAGCUUGCUGCCUGGAGCACGAUGAUGGUGAAAUUCUUACUGAUAUGGUUUAUGGACAUUUUUGGUCUAUUCCAUCAGGUUUUCCCUGUGAUUGUAACUGGUCAGAUUUAGCUUUGAAGUGUGGUUGUGGGAUUUACAAUAACCAGCGGAAUCUCAAUUGGACAGUUUUACGAAGCCAAUGUAUCCCUUUUGCUCCACAAAGCUGCUCUACUGAGCCUUCUAUACACUCUACUGACCAUCUUGUACUGGACUGUUUUACUGCAAAAUGUAGUGGUCUGCAAGUGGCAGUGGAGACAGCCAAUCUGAUUUUGGAUUUGUCAUAUAUAGUUGAAGAUCAAAAUUAGUUUAGUUUUCAUCUCCAUUAUUUUGAACUUCAUAUUUAUUUGAAAAAGUUCCAAAGCAGCAUAAAUAAUAUACUAAGAGGCUACUAUGCAGGAACAGAGUCUAUAAACAGAAUUUUAAUGUCAAGCAUAGUUGCUCAUUAAGCUACUUGUCUGAUUCCUACUCCACUUCAGUUGUCAUAGACAUUUGCAAUUAUAUUUAAUAUUUUGUUAGAAAAACUAAACAUUAAUAGUCUAGUGUGCACUGAGGAUAUGCCGAUAUGGCGGGUAGCAAUCGAUUUAUCUGGGAUCGAUAUAUUGCGUCUCGUUAAGACGCGAUAUAUCGAUCCCCGAACGCGUUCACCGUCGACUCCAGAACUCCACCAGAGCGAGCGGC